AUGGAAAUACAUGGAACAGGAGCAGAAGUCUUGAGCUUGACAUGGAGGAGGGUGACACUUUUGCCCUUGCCGAGUAGAUUAUCAACUGCCCAUUUCAAUGCUGCUUGGCUCCCUUUAUCUUUGUCAAUUGCUACAACCACCACCCCAAACCCCUCCUUAAAACAUGGGUUUUCUCAACACCAUGCAUUUUGGUCUCAUUCUCUGCUUUUCCCAUGUUUAAUGGUGCUACAUGCCAAAGGGAUUGAGAAUAUGGUGAAAAAUUGUAUACUGCGGAAAAAUAACAAGCGUGACUCUCAAGUCUCAAGUAAGGAAGCGAAAUUGCAGUGCUCCUGUUUUCCUUUGCUCAGAAGAAGCCAGAGAGGAAAGAAGGAUAAUCAAAACAAAAACCGAGACCCAAUCUCCCUACUCCUCCUUUACCUCCUCAAUCCUGCUGGCAGCCUCCUUGAUAUCCGGCCGCUUCUCAACGUCCGGCUCACAACACUCGAGCCCUAUCCUGACGAGCCUCUCCAUCUCCGUCACGCUCCUCUCACCGCGCACCAUGUCAGCAUCAAACACCUCGUCAGUGACGGCCUCCGAGACCCAGGCGGCGAGGUCCUGGUCGCUGCUGCCCUGCUGGACGAAAUUCGAAGGGAAGCGUCCCGUCAUGAUCUCGAGCACCAAAAUGCCGAGGCUCCAGACAUCGGUUUUCUUAGUGAUGCGGCCAGCCUGGCGGUACUCGGGCGAUUUGUAGGAUAUCAUGUGGUCCUGUGCGUACUCCUGGUUCACCACCGGGACCAGCCCGUAGUCCGUCAGGAGAGGGGAGUAGUCACCGUCCAGGAGGACGUUCGAGGACUUGAGGUGCCCGUGUGGAGCCGUCAGGCUCGGGAGCUCGUUGUAGAGGUAAACCAGGCCACGGCACACGCCCUUCACAAUUUUCAGCCGGGUCGGCCAGUCCAGACAGUUUCGGCUUCGAGAUCUCUGAACGGCCAAGCUAACUUUGGCGGCAUAAUCGGUCACGAGCAGCUUCUCCUCCUUCCUGUAGUAGAACCCCACGAUCUGGAGAACGUUGGGAUGGGCAAGCCUUCCGAGCCGCCUCAUGUGCUCGUGAAACUCCUCCUUGUUCACGUUGUUCAUGUACCUGAACCUCUUCACGACCAUCAUCUCUCCGUUGUUGAGGGCCGCCUUGUAAGUCGACCCGAACACGCCGCUGCCCAGGAUCUCGGCAGAGGCCUUCAGUAG